AUAUAUAUGAAAAUCAAACAAAGCAGAGUAGCCUUCGCGGUAGGGUACGUUUCCUUCCCUUUCCCUUCGAGCAUUCCAUACCCGCUCAUACUGUAUUGACACUCACAGCGAAAGCAAACCAGACCAGUAGAAUCACCUACUUCCAGUUCUGUUCGCAUUUCAGUACCUCAUUUCUCCCACAUUCCGCCGGGCGGCCUGGUUUGGGUUUGGUUGAAGCGACUCUAUGUCUGACACGGCAGCCGAUGGCAGUCCCGCCAUAGAAUUGGACGACGAAAUUGAAGGUAAUGAAGUCGGUUCCAGGAAUUACCGCUUUGCCAAGAUUGGAGAACCCGUCCCUAUUAACUCCGACGCCGCACCUCGAUUCGACUCCGGAUGCCUUCCGUCUCGGCCCCUCGUCGUCUCCGAACGCUUCCGCCUCCUAUUCGUCGCUCAUCCCCAGGGGUUUUAUGUCACGAGGACAAAGGACAUCAUGGCAUCUGCAGAGGCGAUAAAAGAGAAAGAAGCGGGGAAAUCUGUACAGGAGCUGAGUCUUGUAGAAAUUUCUUUGGGGAAGAUUUCAGUGCUGGCCCUGUCUGCUGAUGACUCUGUACUUGCUGCUUGUAUGGACAAUUGUGUACACUUCUUUGCUGUUAGCGCGUUACUCCAUAAGGAGAAGAAACCUUCAUAUUCAGUCUCCGUUGAUGAGCCUGGCCAUAUCAAGGAUUUUUGUUGGUCCAGAAAAGUUGCCAAAGUUUAUAUUAUUCUUGCAGCCAAUGGAAAAUUAUACAAUGGAUCUGGUCAAGGUCCACCUAGUUAUGUGAUGGAAGAUGUUGAUGCUGUUGACUGGAGUGUUAAAGGCAAUUUUGUUGCUGUGGCAAGAAAGAACAGACUGAGCAUACUGUCAUCACAGUUCAAAGAAAAGUUAAGCUUUCUGCUGCAAUCUCAGUCUGUCACAGGAGGCUCUGAUGGUAACCAAGCUAGAAAAGUAUCAGUGGAUUCUGUCCGAUGGGUGCGUUCAGAUUGUAUAGCUGUUGGGUGCUUUUUAAUAAAUGAAGAUGGGGAGGAGGAACAUUACGUGGUCCAAGUCAUCACAACCAAGGGAAGGAGAAUUACCGACGUCACUGAAUCAUCAAAGCCAACUGUGUUAUCUUUUAGUAAUAUAUUUAUGGAUCUUUCUCUGGAUGCUGUGCCAACCAAAUGUGGACCACAUCUGUUUCUCAGUUAUCUAGGGCCUUGUGGGUUGGCAUUUGUUGCUACUAGGAAUCUUUCCUGUCAUGUUGGAUUGUUCCAUUGGUCAGUGGACAAUGGGGAGAAUGAACUUUCAAUGGUUGAAAUUCUUAAUGAUGCAUGGAAUCUCUAUAUAGAUUCACAAGAUGAUGGUGAAGAAAAUGUGCUUGUGGGGCUUUCUGUUGACAAAGUUUCCCAAAAGGAGAAUGUUACAUUCACACUGGGGGAUGAAGAAACCGAAGCCUCACCUUGUUGCAUAAUUAUAUGUUUGACUAUUGAUGGAAAUAUUUCAGUUUUCCACUUUGCUAGUGCUGCAGGUGCUUUAGUGUCAUCUAAAGCUUGGACUUCUGAUGAGGAAGAUGACAAUUCUCAGACAUCAGCCAAGCCUGAGGUGAACCUCAUCUCUUCUGCAGAUGAUGGGAAAAACAGAGAACCUACCCUGACAGUGACUGAAACUGAAGCUGUAAAGACUGCUGCUGAGGCCUCUGUCCCAAAGAAUCUGUCAUCAUCUUCUCAUGUUGAUGUCAGAUCCCAAGAGCAAAUUAUUAAUCCUCGGACUUUGCCAGUGAGUGAGCCUAAAGAGACUCUAGAAAAGAACAAAGAGAAGGGGCCAGUAUCUGAAGCUAAAUUUGGCAUCGGCUCGUCUCCAGGGCAAGUUGGAGGUGACAUAUCUCAUCUAUCAGCAAGCCAGCAUCUAAUGUUAAGUACGAAUAUGGAGCCAUUAAGUAAAGUGCCCCAAACAAGUUCUGGAUCUGCGUUGUCCUCAACCAAGUCAAAUGCUAGACUUGAUGAUUCAAAAUCUUCUACUUUGAGGUUUAUAUCACAACCAAAUGUAGUUGAUACCUCAACUAAGAGUGCAUUGACAGUGACUGAAACUGAAGCUGUAAAUACUGCUGCUGAGGCCUCUGUCCCAAAGAAUCUGUCGUCAUCUUCUCAUGUUGAUGUCAGAUCCCAAGAGCAAAUUAUUAAUCCUCGGACUUUGCCAGUGAGUGAGCCUAAAGAGACUCUAGAAAAGAACAAAGAGAAGGGGCCAGUAUCUGAAGCUAAAUUUGGCAUCGGCUCGUCUCCAGGGCAAGUUGGAGGUGACAUAUCUCAUCUAUCAGCAAGCCAGCAUCUAAUGUUAAGUACGAAUAUGGAGCCAUUAAGUAAAGUGCCCCAAACAAGUUCUGGAUCUGCGUUGUCCUCAACCAAGUCAAAUGCUAGACUUGAUGAUUCAAAAUCUUCUACUUUGAGGUUUAUAUCACAACCAAAUGUAGUUGAUACCUCAACUAAGAGUGCAUUGCAAUCUGCUGGAGGUGCAUCACGACAUCCAACAGAUCUAAAAGAGAAAGAAAAAUCUUUUGUCCCUUUCAGUUCUUAUGGACAGACAUUGCCUACUGGACUGGGUAGUAGAAACUCAGUUCCGGCAUAUCCUGUUACACACCCAAAUGUAGUUGACGCGUCAAACAAAAAUGCAUUUCAAUCUGCUGGAGGUGCAUCGCGACAUCCAACAGAUCUAAAGGAGAAAGAAACAUCUUCCCCUUUCAGUUCUUUUGGACAGACAUUGCCUACUGGACAGGGUAAUAGAAAUCCGGUAUAUCCUGUUUCAUCAGUUCCCAUUGGUGGGAGUGCUGCUUCAGGAAAGCCUUCAGUGCCUGAACACAGAAAGGGAUUCAAUGUUCCUUCCUCGUCUAUGGGGCAGCCAUCCUUUUCUCGAACUACAUCGAAACAGUUUGGAAAUGUCGAAGAAAUGGCCAAAAAUCUGGAUAGUCUUCUAGAAGGUAUUGAAGAAAAGGGAGGCUUCAGAGAUGCAUCCAUCACUUCUCAAAUUGAGCGACUAGCAGCAUUGGAGGAGGACAUAUGGGCUUUUUCCAACAAAUGCAGAGUUUGGAGGGGGUUAAUGGAUAAACAACUAAGGGAAGUCCAACUUCUUUUUGAUAAGAUGAUACAAGUUUCUGUCAGGAAAGUAUAUGUGGAAGCAAUCUUCAAGCAAGCUAAGGAUAGCAGAUAUUGGGAACUUUGGAAUCGUCAAAAGUUGAGCUCUGAAUUGGAAUUGAAGCAAAGGCGUAUAUUACAGCUGAACCAGGAGCUGACCAAUAAGUUGAUUGAAUUGGAGAGGCAUUUCAAUUCUUUGGAGUUCAACAAAUUUGGUGAAAAUGGAGGAAUGCGGAAUGAUAGGAGGGUUUUGCAGAAUUCUCAGGGGCCAUCUAGGAAAAUUCAGUCCUUGCAGAGUCUACAUAAGACAAUUCAGGCACAAUUAACAGCUGCUGAGCAGCUUUCCGGAUGUCUCUCAGAUCAGAUGUCUGCUUUGAGUAUUGAAUCUUCCGGAAAAGAAGACUUGAAAAAGCAGCUCUUUGAAUGCAUUGGCCUCUCUUAUGGUGGAGAGACCCCAAGAUCUCUAGCAAGAGUUAGAACAUUUGAAACACCUUCAAAAAUAGAACAUUCUGCUGCUUCGGGCACUUUUUCUUCCAAAGAAAAAUCUCAGAGAAACCAUGCUACGUUUGUUAAGAAUGAUGAACCAGAAACUGCCAGGCGGCGCAGAGAAUCUCUGGAUCAUAGUUGGGCUAGCUUUGAUCCGCCGAAAACUACUGUAAAGAGAAUACUAAAAGGCAGCUCUGAGAAGGGGAGUGCAAGCCAGUCAUUUUCAAACAUUUCUAAACCUCAUUUCUCAUCUCAGGCACAGAAUGUAUCAGAAGUUGCUCAAUCAGCAUUUGUAAAUAUCUCCGGAGCCUCUGGGAACAGUAACAAAACCAAAGGCACUACUGAAAUGUCAUCAGAACCGCCUGGCAAAAACUCAGCAACAUCUCAAAAGACAGCUGGUCUUAUAGGUCCUGGACUUCAAGUGACAUCUUCGAAGCUCCAAACAUCCAUGUUGGAGACAAGGAUCACUGGAAAUCGAGAAUUGGGAGGAGCUCUCAAGCUAUUUGAUGAAAAGCCAAAAAGCAGUCUAGCUUUUCCUGGAAAGACAGAUUUUUUUGCUGGAAGUCCGUCUACAGUUGUCCAGAAAUCUGAUUCAAGCUUCAAUGCAUCACCAUCUAUCUCCAAACAGUUGACUGAAAAUCUGAUGAAUCCACCUUCUGGUUCUACUGAGAAUGUUGAUCGAUCGAAAUUUGGAGCCUGGGAUCAGAAAAAUUCUUUGGUAGCAUCUGAAGCCCCUGCAUUUGGAUCUAAAAGUCCUAUCACUUCUGCAUCUGCUUCUAGUUCUGGCUUCAAUGUAUUCGAGAAAGGUUCAUUCACUGGAACUGCAGAAAAGGCUAGUAGUAAGUCUAAUGAUGGUUUAACAGCUUCUACCUCAUUGCAGUCAGUGAUCAGCCCAACAUUGGUUUCAAGUAGCAAUAUUCCAUCAGUUUCGUCUUCUGUGUCAAAGCCAAGCUCAUCAACACUCUUCCCUGCGACUCCUAGCCCUGGAGCCAGUGUGAAUCCAAGGCAAGCUGCAUCACAGCCUUUGGGAUCAGUUCCAUCUGCCUUAAGUUUUCCUUUUCCAUCACCUUUCUCAACUCAUCCAAGCAGCCCUCCAUCCGCAUCACUUUCUUCUGGUGUAAACAAAUCAGAGUCUGCGACUUCAGUGACAAAGCCUCCUGUUGGGAUGAGUGGUGCAAAAACAGAUGAUGCUUCCCAUAAAGUGACUCAGGUUGUCAAUAUGUCAUUAAAACCUGGACAGGAUGCUAAUAUACAGGCUCCAACAUCACAGCCUGGGGAGUCAGCUUCUCAAUCCAGUUUGAAACUCGGACUUCCUGUGCCAUCAUCUACACCUGCUGCGGUAUUAGAUCUAAAUUCUGUAAGUUCUACUGUUGUAAGCAGCUCUUCAAAGAGUUCACCUGUGGUAACACCUGAUACCAAGUUAGAACUGCCUCAAACAACUGAACCUCUUCCACAAAUUUCUCAACCAACUGAAGGAGUUGUCGGCAGUAUGAAAAACGCCAUCACAGAUGUUUCUAAUGAGGAAGAAAUGGAUGAGGAAGCCCCUGAAUCUCAACAAGCAACUGAAUUUUCAAUUGGGAGCCUUGAUGGUUUUGGACUUGGCACAACCCUAAAUCCAUCUGUGCCAAAAUCAAAUCCAUUUGGUGUAGGAAUUCUCAAACAAGAUUCAUCUAUUGUUACCCCUCCGUUGAUGCCAUCCUCCAGUGGUGGGCUGUUUCGACCUGCUUCUUUUAACAUUCAAUCUCCGCAGCCUCCAAACCCUUCAAACUCGCCUGUCAGUUUCUCUGGUGGUUUUGGUUCCGGAAACUCUGGUCAAGUUUCAGCAGCGGCUGGAUUUGGCCAGCCAGCGCAUGUAGGAGCAGGCCAACAAGCUCUAGGUUCGCUUCUUGGUUCUUUUGGACAAUCUAGGCAGUUUGGGUCUGCCCUACCAGGAAGCAAUGUUGCCUCUGCAAGUAGCUUUGGAAGUGGUUUCGCAGGCUCUUCUGGUAGUGCUUUUGGAGGUGGAUUUACUUCAGCUCCUUCAGUGGGUGGAUUUGCAAGUCUGGCAUCAGGAGCUGGUGGAUUUGCAGCGGCAGCAGGUGGUGGUGGUGGUGGUGGUUUUGCAGCUGCUUCGGGUGGUGGUGGAUUUGGAGCUUUUGGUACCCAGCAGCCGAGUGGUGGUGGUGGGUUUGCCGCUUUCGGAGGAGGCAAUGGUGGUACAGGAAUUGCGAAACCUUCAUCCAGUCUUUUUACACAGAUGAGGAAAUAAACAUAUUUGCUAGUCAGUGCAAAGCCUGAGCUGAGGUAACAAUUUGACCUCCGAGCAGAAUAGGACAUUUGUUUUAUUUUUGGUGUUAAGAAUAUUUCAGAAAUGUAUGGAUGAAUGUAUUUCGUUAUAAUGGAGAACAAUAUUAUUAGGGUUCUUAACUUAGGGGUGAGCCUACUUUGUUUGUAAACACUGCUGAAUUGAUUCAUAUAUUUCACUAAUGGUGCAAAGAAUAUAUUAUUAUUGUUACUAUUU